CCCUGUGUCCUGCCCCUCAGCCAGGCUCUGCCCUCUUUUGGGGGCUGCCCCCAACCUCCCCACUCACUCACUCACUCACGCGCCUUCUCUCACCUUCCUAGCCAGGGUCCUGCUCCCUGCCACGAGCCCUCGGACGUGCAUUGCCAUGGGGGGAACCAGGUCCCUGAGGCUCACACUCCAAGGCUGCACUGCAGAGGGAGAUGUUUGAAGUUCUUGGGUGCAUUCGGCUCCACCUGCUGUUUCUGCUUCCGGCUGCAGCAUCUCAGGCAGUCGGCAAAGGUCGUUGGAUCUUUAAUUACGCCGAGGCAAGCGGCGGGCACAGCGGGGAGGACGAACAGCUGCGGGCAUCGGGCAGGCAGCCUGAGAGUGGCAAGUGCAUCCCGGCUAACGAGGGAAAUGCUUUCUGCCCGCUGGGGCUGGGGCCCUAGCAAAUGCAAGAAGCCUUCCCCGUGCAGCAUUGUUGUAGCCAGCCAACCCAUCUCCUGACUGCAGUGACUGCAGCCUCGGGUAGUAUUGCUCCUUCCUCCUCCUCCUCCUCCUCCUCGACACUGCAUUGCCUGUCCCGCAGCCCCAGCCCAACCAUGCUUGCCUCCUUCCCACUCAUCCUGUGCUGUGGGACAUGAUGGGACCCCCGCCCUGGGCACAUGGAAGUGGCUGUGCACACACCUGUGCACACGCUCACAUUCAGUGCAGGCAUUGUGCACAUUUGGGGGCACACCCUCCCUCCCUGGGCAGGUUUCAGGGCCACAGCUGUGCUGUGCCAGGCUGAGCAGGGUGGCGGGAGCUCAGCUAGGACAAGCCAGACUCCCCAGCUGGCAAAACCACUGGCACAUGCUGGUACCUGGUGUGCCCAUGCAAGGGCAUGUAUGUGCUCCCUGCCUGAAAAUGCAUGUAGGAUGCAGGUCACAGGCAUGGGAGCACUGUAUAGGUGUGUUUGUGUGUCUCUGGUGAAUAUGGGUUGUGUGUGCAUAUACAUACAUCUCCCAGGGCUGAAUAUGCAUGUGUGUGCGUGUGCACUGAAUGGGCAGUGUGUUCAAACAUGCAGGUGUGUUUCUUAGUGCUGAAUGGUCCCAGGAUUAAGAAUGCAUGUAUAUGUUGUGUAUGUUGUGUAUGUGCAUGCAGGUGCAGUGACAUGGAUGCAGGGUAAAGGCUCUGUUUGCACAUGUACAUGCAUGUACCUCACUUCUGCAUGCACACAGGCUAAUGGAUGUGUGUGCACAUGUAUGCAAGCUCCCGUGUGUGACUGUUCAGUGCUUGCAGGAUACAGUGAGUGUGUGUGCACCUAGCUAUGCGGUGCUUGUUGGUGCUGAGGUAGGGAGCUGGAGGGGUGCCGCAAGGUUGACAGCACUCCAAAGACCAAGUGACAGCAGGAUGGGAAGUAAAGAAAGUCAAACAAUUAUUCCUCCCUCCCCUGCGUGCAGAGCCAUCCUGCUCCACGAUGAUCAUUAAUGGACUGUCAUAUCCCGUGCUGACAGGUGGGGAUCAGCGCCUGACACAGAUUGACAAGGAGCGAGGCACUCCAGGGCUGUGAUCUUGGGGCAACAGACAGAGACCGCAGCAGGCGCUGCUGCCUCCCCUGACCAUGUGCUCCGCCUGGCUGCAGCCCCCCGGCCCCCUGCAACCUGCAGUGUGACACUGCACCCAGGUGCCCAACAAUGCUCAGUGAUGGCAUGCAGCCCUCCCCGCUGUCCCCACGGGCUGCAAAGCAUGCUGGAGGGAUGCAAAGGCUCUGCCACCUGCCCUAGGCUGGCCUGGCAGGGGUUCCUCCAGCCAGAUGUGCCCCCAGGGCUGGCUGCAGCCUGAGUGACAGCCUGUCGCGUUAAUGAGCCCCAGUGCCAGGUGGGAUGGCUGACACCCGCAGCCACCUCCUCGGGCCAUCCCUGGGGGCUCGCCACUGUCAGGCACUGCUGGGAGAGGUCUGGGGCGAGCGGGGGCUGACACUGAUUCCAUCCUUUCUCCUGAAUGCCAGCGGAAAGCUGCCUGGGUUUGCCUGACCCCAGCAGUUUUGGGGCACAGCUUGUCCUAGAAAACACAAAGCCUUCAGGAGAUACACCCAUGCUGCCUGUGCUCCCAGUGUGCAGGGUCAUGCUGCCUGCUCAGAGACAUGGCCCAUGAGCACCGGUGACACUCGGGACACUAUCCUGACCGCCCCUAUCCAUCCUGGGCAGGGCAGAAGGGGGUCGAGAAAGAUGAGCCUGGUCUGGGCUGCAGACCAUGGUGGGCACCGGGCACCCAGCACUGAUACUGGAGCACCCCUGUCUGUGCCAUAGCAUCAUCCUUCUCCCUCAGUCCCACCAUUUCUAAAGCAUGUUCCUGUCUCAGCAUCAGCAUUUCUGGAGCAUCCUCCUGCCUUGGCCCAUCAUUUCUGGAGCAUCCUCUGCCUCAGCAUCACUGUUUCUGGAGCAUCCUCAGCACUGUUCCUCUGCAUCGCUGCAGGUGUGCCCCCCAGUGUCAGCUCCAGCUCCCGGCUCCAGCCUUGGCAAUAGCAAGAGGUCCUUAUUCCACAUCUGCCUAUCUCCUAUCUCCCUUCCUCCCACGUCUCUGUUCGCUCACUUGCUUGAAGACACACACGUCUAAUCUGCUUGUUAGCCUAUCCCUUCAUCUAAAACCAAUAUGCAGCUGAAUGCCGGAGAUAAUUAAUUGAUCAAUUAGAUAUAGAACUGCCUGUGCUCGUGGCACUGCACACAUGUGGAGGGGGAGACUGUGCCAGCACACCUGCCAGUGUGAUUCCCCAGCACUCUUCCUGUGCUUGCGCAAGUGGGUGCUGCAAUUUGUACCUAGUCGAGCUCCGUGUGUAAACACAGACGUGCACAUCCAGCUGCAAUCACCGUGCACGUAGAACCGUGCACACCCAGCUGUAUUCGGUGUGCACAUGCACAGCUAUGCACACCUAGCUGCAUUCAGUGCUCAUGUGCACACCUGACUGCGUCGCAUUCAGUGUGUACACACCCAGGCCUGAGCACCCAGCUGCACUCAGUGUGCACACCCAGCCACACACACUAUAUGCUUGCACACCAGUGUCUGGAGGGUGCUGAGCCCCAAUGCUGAGCUCAGGGUGACACACACCACUGCGUCUCCCACACCCUGCUUCCUGCCCUGAUUUGCUCACCAGCUGUAAGGACACAUCUGCAGGUGUCUGACUGGAGGGGACAGGCCAGCAGCAAAGGUGACCAUGGGGCACUGGUGGCUUGCGGGACCAUGGCCAGCCUGCCUGCCCUGGCACAGGGAUAGUUGGCUAGCGACUGCUGUCAUGCAGUGGGGACACUGGUCCAUGGCCCUGCUGCCCCACCCCAGCGAGCCUGGAUGUGCGUGAGGGAUGGGGGCAGUGUCAGGAGCAGGUCAGGGCACUGUUGGCACCUCACCACAUACACCAGAGCCGUGUGACACUGUGACAGUGUCUGCAAAGCUGGGGGGUGCCUGCUGUGCUCCCUCGGAGGGUAUGAGUGCUCCAAAUGCUACCCAGAGGCUCCUGCACCCUGGCGUCCCCCCUCCUCCUGGGUGCCCCCAACCAUCCCAAAGCGUAAGGUGGGAUGCUGAGUGCCUGGGGUGUCCCAGCUGGCAGGGUGGGUGCCCCAGCACCCAGAGUGGGGACAACAGGCAGGGCUGCUGGGGAGGCAGGGCGCUGCGGGGAACUAAAUAAUGCAGCAAAUCCAUGUCUACCAACCCCCUCCUCCACGAGCUUUGAAAAGCAACACAUUACCCUGAUCUCCAGACAUGAGUUUUUGUCACCAAACAGGGUGAUGAGGAGACUUUGAAGCAAAUACAAACACCGGGAAAGGGAAUACAUAAGAAGAAAGUCGCGUGUUCUCUUCAGAAAACAAUUGUGGUGUCAACUACAUGGAGCAGCUCCACGGAGGGGGAGCUGCUAACCGGGAACCUGACAGCCCCAAACACUGGGAAAUUAUCAUCAAAAUAAAUAAAUUCUCCCUCUGCUUACAGUGCUCUGCUACCUUCCCCACUCCUGGCUGCAAGGAGCCUGAGAUGCCCCUUCCCUCCUCUCCUCGCACCCCACGUUGCCCCACGUGCUGCAUGUGCCCCCACCUCUGCACCCCAACAGGUCCCCUGUGGUGGCAUCGCCAUCCCAGCUGGGGACACAGCACCCCUGAGCCCCCCUGCUCCCACCUGUGCUUUGCAUGCAUGCUUGUCACCUGCAAACAUGUUCCUUGCAUGCACAGUCCUGUCUUGCAUGCGCAUGCUUGCACACUUCAUGUAAACAGCUUGCUCACCUUGUACAAGUGCUCACACCUUGCACACACCUUCAGCUUUAUGCAUAUGUUCACAUUUUGCACACUCACCCCACACAUACACUUGCACAUGCACUUGUGCCCUAUUCAUGUACUCACACCUUGCACAACUUGCACCCUUCUCUCCCGCAGCCCUACACAUGCCCUGACUGUGUUCCCCUUCUCCCUGACAUCCUCCUUGAAGCAGCAUAAAUAAAUGUAUAUCCGUAUAUGUAUAUAAAGGUAGCGCUAUAUAUAGCAUGGAAGAUGUUAUCAUUUCGUGGCAGGUCCCUCUAUGGCUGCCAGCUCCUGAUGGAUUUUGCUUGGACAUUUAAGGUGUCUUGGUAAUUCAGGCAGGAUCUGGGGGGGAUAUCCCUUUGAGUUGGGCCCUUCUGGUGUGCCCUGCAUGAGGAGGGCCAGCAGCCGUGUUUCCUUGAGGAGCUCAGAACCGCCCCUGAGAGCCCAGAGUGGAGUGCUAACCCUGCAGCCCUUCAGGGAGCUGGGGAAGGGCCAUCCCCAAAGGCACGGCUGGCACUGGGGGUGCCUUGAUGUGAGGAUCCUGCCACAAGGUUCCCUGUGAGCUUGGGGAAGGAGGGGAGCACCUUUGUAUAGCACACAGUUGCCUUCUCACCUUCACAUGCAUGUGCACUAAUGCUCUGCACGUACACUCCCACCCCUUGCACACUUGCAACACAUGCACAUUCACAUUCGCCCCUUGUAUAAGCACUGCCACCCUGCUCACACUCAUCCCUGCCUGAGCACUGCCAAUAUGCUUAUCGUCACCCCCUGUAUAAGCACUCCUGCUCUGCUCACACUCAUCCUUGCACCAGCACUCCCACCCUGCUCACACUCACCCCCUGCACAAGCAUUCCCACUCUGUUCACAUAUACGGUGUGCACACCCUCUAGCCCUGCAUGCUUUGUACACUCAUGCAUGCCUUGCACACCCACUCACCUCUGAGGCACACACUCAUGGCUGGCAUGUCUGCUCACACCCACCUUGCACUUUCACACCUUGCACAUGUGUUCAGCCACUGCAUGUCUGAUCACACCCUGCCCAUGCACUUUCCCUUGUGCUCCUGCUCGUGCCUUGCAAACAUAUACACUGCUGCUGAUCAGAGAUGCCUCCCUGGCAUGACCGCACUUCAACAUCUUCCCAUCCCUGCAGCUCCAGGCACUUCUCUUCCUGUACCCCUGGACACCAAACCUUGCUCACACACCCCCUACCUGUGGGGGCAUGCUGCAGACCCGGACUUGCUGGCUUACUCCCCCCUGCAUCCCUGUAGACACCUCUCCCCAUUCCCCCCUUCCUGCUCUGUUCAUCCUCCAUUCAUCCGUCCAUCCACUCCUUCAUCCGUCCAUCUACCUGACACCUUUCCGCGCGCAGUGCUGGGCACCCUUCUCCUCCCUCUUUAUCUCUGGCUCCCAGCUGCUUCUCGCCCCUCCCCACCACUCCCUCCAUCCCUCCUUCUCCCCAUCCCUCGCUCCUGCAUUCUCCCGCUGCAGUUAUCGCUCCCUAACACACAUCUCUCCUCCCUCCCUCCCUUCUCCUACUCAUCUUUUUGCCCCUCUCAUGCACUCCCCUUCUUCCUUUUCAUCUCCACCGCUCAUCCCCCCCAUCCUCAGAUUUCUUUCCUUUCCAUCCCUCCCUCCUUCCACCACCUUGCCUGGGCAUCUCAUGGUCCAUCCUUGGGGCCGCCACCCCGCCCGGCCACACGCAUCCCCCGCACACCUCUCGCUCACGUGCCCCCGGUCCCCGCCGUGCCCCGGUUUACCCCGUUGCUGCAGCCUUUAAAGUUUCAAUCAGUGCUUGGCUGGGAGAGGCGGGGAAGGCUGCGUCUCCCGCUCCCAGCCCCGCGACGCCGUGCUGCCACUCUGAGCGCUCCCGCCUUAUAAAUUUUACAUUAUUACCCUCUUUAAAGUAUAUAAAAUAACUAUUCAUAAAUUAUUGAGGGGAAAUUUAAAAUACUACAAAUGUUUAUAAAUGUUUAUCAAGAGGUCUUCAGAAGUGAGCGAGCGGAGCCUGAGUGACUUCCCACGGCUGGCAGGAGCGUGGCAGCUGCCCUGCCCCUGCCUGAGGGGGGAUUUUCAUGGGACUGCCAGCAGAAGAUCGGCACAGGUUCCCACAGCCUCUUUAAUUCAUGCCCCCAUGGAUGGUGAGGAGCAAAUUACCAUCCAUGCGCUGUCUCCUUCUGCCAGCAGCACUCUGCGUCUGGGUAGCCCUGGCCCUUCCCAUUGCAUGCUAUGGUGUGACCCUGCUCUGGGGCUGCCCCUGGGCCAGGGCAGGUGGCCUGCUCUGCCAGGGACGUGUCCCACCCUUCUGGGGACAUGUCCUGCCCCACUGGGGACACGUCCUGCUCUGCUGGGUACAAGCCCUGUUGCCCAGCCCAAUGCCUACUGUGUGCCCAGCUCACAGGCUGGCUCUGGGUCCCCUGUGAGGUACCGAGAGGUGCAUGCACACAAACACCCCUACGCAUGCACACAGAAGUAUGGGUCCAUGCACAGACACAUAUGCAGAUGCAGUGCCAGCUGGCUUAGCCUUGGCACAACCACCUGCCUGGCCCGCCCUGGUGCCUCCAUGGCUGCUGGAACCCCAGAGUGCUGUGGGAGCAGCGGUGCCAUGGCACCAAGCCGUGCCAGGAUGCUGGUGGCAGGCAGGCAGGAGUGCAUGGGCUGCAGUGAGCAGAACCUAGCCAAGGCUGCCUGAGUUGCAUGGCAAACAGAUGGAUCACAGCACAGGCACCGGCUUCAUCACCCACCAGUACAGCUCCUGGCACUGACAAACACACAUGGUACCUCCCUGACAAGCACAGCGCCUCUGAGACUGGGCAGCUGGCACAUCAUGGCAUGGCAUGGCAUAUCCCUGCAGCUAUGGCACUGCCAAGCCUGGGCAGAAUGCUCGGCAUGGCACAGCACAGGGUGGCAGUGCACAGUGCUGCACGGAUGGCACUGCUGAACAUGAGCAGCCUGCAUGGCAUGGCACAGCACGGCAUGGCACGACACAACCCUGCAGGUAUGGUACUGCCAAGCCUGGUCAGCCUGCUUGGUACAGCAUGGCACAACAUGGCAUGGCAAAGUGCUGUAGGGAUGGCACUGAUGAGCCUGAGGAGGCUGCACAGCACGGCACGACACUGCAGGGAUGGCAUCAUUGAAUCUGGGCAGUCUGCUUGACAUGGUGCAGAAUGGCAGGGCAUGGCACAAGCACACCCCUGCAGGGACGGCGCUGUUAGGUCCAGGCAGCCGGCAUGGCACAGCCCUGGCAUAGCCCUGGCCCAGCCCUAGCAGUCUGGCUGGCACGGCACAGCCCCAGCACAGUGAUCCUGCACAUCCCCUCUGCCCAAGGAGAUCCAGGAGCCAGGGUCUGCCUGCAGGCAGGGUGUCACUGCCAGCUGGGGGCAGUGCAGGAGGGUGCCCAGAGGUGGGCUUCGCUGAACCACCUGCCCAGGGAAAGACCAGUGACCGGGACAGCUGUGUCCCCAUGCAAGACACAAUCAUAUGCAACAUGCACACUGCAGGACACAGACACAACCAAGGCUACUGGAAAGGCACAAGACUGGAGAUGUCCUCUGGUCUGGCCACCGUGGGAAGCCCAGCACAGCCCAGAGUGCCCACCAAGAUGGGAGCUGUGCCCACCACAGGGUGGCAAAGGAGCUCUACUGUAGCCCCGGUGAGUGGGUCUUGCCAAGUGUGCACAACUCGUGCGUGGAUGCUCACUGAUCCUAUAGCUUCCAACAAGAGCUGCCUGCAGGGAUUGUGUUUAAAGCGUCGGCUGAUUGGGGUAAUCAUGGGAGCACAGAGUGCAUUAGCUGUGAAGGUUUAUAAAGGGAAAUUAAAAUAAAAUUGGAUGUGACAGAAAAGUACAUGGAAAAUUAGUAUAAGAAUAUGAAUAUUUAUGGCUGCAGGAGCAUGCACUGGGAAAGUGCUCCUCUGUGCUCCCUGCCACCCUCCUCGCUGUGGCUCUUGGGCAGGUCCCUGAAUGCAGCACCCAGCCACGGGGGCAGGCUAGCCCCAGUAGGCAUGCUGCACUCCCGUCACCACCACUGCACACCUCUCACCACGGAUCUGCCUUUGGGGGGACUUCGGGCGUGAUGGAGGCUACGGUGCCCCAGUUGCAUGCCCAUCUGCCCCUCGCAUCCCAGGGGGUAUCUACAGGGCUGAUGUGUCCCGGUGGUGGCACUGGUGCAGGAGCGCAUGGGUGCUUCCACUGCCGUGAUGGCACGAUGGCACAGGAACAGGAAGAGGCACAUCUCAGGAGCAUCACUGGUGGCAGAGAGGAGGGGGUUGGCACCAUGCGGUGCUGGCACGAGCCGAGGCUGCUUAUGCAAGAAUUAGGGCACUAGGACAGAGCUCAGCCUGCCAGGAUGGCAGGGCACAGCUCUCCUCCUGCCCGCUGGGGCUCUGCCCACCCGGCCGAGCUCUGGCAGGGCUCGCACCAGCAGCCAGCAGUGCUCGGCACUGGCAGCUCCCUGGCAGCAUGCUGAAGAUGCCACCACCCUGCUGGGGACAACGCUCUUCCCCCCACCCACAGCAGGGGGCUGCCCACAGCAUCCCUGCCUGCCUGCCCUGCCAUAGGCCUGGUGCCGGACCCAGGGGCAGCCAUCCCCCAUCCCCUCCUGCUGUCACACUUAGAAGCCAUUAAAAUAAUUGAAUGCUUUAAAUAUUCAGAGCUUGGCUUAAAUAUUCAUCAGCAAAGUUAUUCUGAUUGCUAAACUGCAUCAGCACAGACUGGGAAAUGGUUCCUCUUAACAGAGCUCCCCCCACCCAUGUGCACAGCCGUGCGCACCCCAACCCUCAUGUGGGCACACACGGGUACACACACACGCGCAUAUGUAUGUAUAUGUGUAUGCAUGCAUGUACAUCUGCAUAUACACGCAUAUGUAUGCACACACAGAGAAGGCUGCAUGCAAACACACUCUCAAAGUGGGUGGUUGCAGGCACUGAAAGCGGUGGGGGGCACUGGGAGCACGUUUAGGUGGUUGGUUUGUACCCCCGACCCAGGCUGUGCUCCCCUGGCAAGGCUGAGGGGAGGCUCCAAGCUCCAGCACCAGCAUCCCCAUCACCACCCACCUUGGCACCAGCAGCCUAAAUCCCACUCUGGGGUCACUCUAGGGUUGUUCACAGCACCCCAUAUCCGUGUCACCCAGGCUCCUGGCAUGGCCCAGGGCACUGCCGCACUCACCGCUGCUAAAAACAUGUGAAAACUGCAGCGCGCUGUGCACCUUGAGUAACAUUUCUGGGCAGUCUCUGCUGCAGGGGUGCAAGGCCAGGCAGCUGAGGAUCCUUGAGCCCCCAUGUUCGCAUUAUUUACAUGUUUUUACAAUAGGGCAAUACAGAUUAAGGACUGACUAAUAAAAAAACAGUAGUGAGAGACUGUCCGAAGCUGAGCACAUUGCCUGGGAAGACAUUGUUUUGAACCCCCUUUGCCCA